AACUAAAAUAAUUAUUAAUUAAAUAUUAAGUAUUUAUUUAAAAAAAACCAAAAUGGACGGAAACUGGUCGUACCACAUUGGACUACGAUCUCCAAACCUGACCAACACUACAGUACAACUUCAAGAAAACUUCGAAAUCGAUUUGGAAGACACCAACUGGAUCUUGACUUCAUCCUUUAUCAUAUUUACUAUGCAGACAGGUUUCGGCAUGUUGGAAUCAGGCUGCGUGUCAAUCAAAAACGAAGCUAACAUAAUGAUGAAGAAUUUGGCUGACAUCUCACUGGGCGGUCUUACCUACUGGAUCUUCGGGUACGGGAUGUCGUUCGGCGAAGGCCCACUCUCGAAUCCCUUCAUCGGCGUGGGCAACUUCCUGGUGGACCCACCCGUGGGCGACGCGCUCAUGGGGCCGGUGUUCGCGUCCUUCCUCUUCCAGCUGUCGUUUGCUACCACCGCCACCACCAUCGUCAGUGGUGCCAUGGCCGAGAGGUGUGACUUCAAAGCCUACUGCCUCUUCUCAUUCCUCAACACAAUAGUGUACUGCGUACCAGCUGGCUGGGUGUGGGGAAAACACGGCUUCUUGAACAAGCUGGGCGCGGUGGACAUCGCCGGCUCUGGCCCCGUACAUUUGGUCGGUGGGGCUUCAGCGUUCGCCUCAGCCCUGAUGCUGGGCCCACGCUUGGGUCGCUACGCGCGAGGCACUGCUCCGCUGCCGCUGGGCAACCCCGUCAACGCUGUCAUGGGCACCUUCGUGCUGUGGUGGGGGUGGCUGGCCUUCAACUCUGGCAGCACCUAUGGAGUAAGCGGCGCAAAAUGGCAGUACGCAGCGCGGGCAGCCGUUAUGACUAUGAUGGGGUCUUUCGGAGGUGGCUGCUUCGGCCUUCUGUUCAGUUUAAUAAAGAACAAAGGGCGUGCAGAUGUAAUGGAACUUAUAAACAGCGUUCUUGGAUCUCUGGUAUCUAUUACAGCUGGCUGUUUCCUUUUCCGCGCAUGGGAGUCUCUCGUGAUAGGAAUGAUAGGCGCCGCCAUAGCGUCGAUGGCUGCGCCCAUGUUUGACAAGAUGAAGGUCGAUGACCCUGUCGGCGCCUCGGCGGUACACGGCGCUUGUGGGUUGUGGGGUGUGAUCGCAGUGGGACUAUUCGCAGACAAUCCGAUACCGAUGGAUACUACCAACGGAAGAUCUGGACUCUUCAAAGGAGGCGGCUGGUACUUGUUAGGUGUGCAGUCGUUGACAGGCAUCUGCCUGGCGAGCUGGGGUGCCCUGGUGACCAUGGCGCUGCUGUGGCUGAUCGACCUGGUGCUACCCAUCCGCAUGGAGCCCUACGAGGAGCUGCUGGGCGCGGACCUCACCGAGCACAGGAUCAGACAUGGCCAGGUGGGAAUAUCUCGGGCGGUGUCGGCGCUGCGGCCGUACCACCGGUCCAGCAGCAUCGAACGAGUCGGCAGCAUCGGCGUCAACACGGGACACAGCCUUGUGGUCGACAAAUUGCAAGAGAUACAAAAGAUGCCGAAGAACAAAGUCGGCGGCAACCUUCAUAUGUUUACCAACACAGCCUUCGUAGACGAAACCAGCACUUUAAAAAACAAGGGAUUUCUUAAUAAGCGACCUGGCAACCCCCAGAACGAUUUGCACCGUGCAAUCGACUCUAUGGCCACAGAGAUUAAUGGGCAAUUAAAACAGAGAUGCUCUACCGCAGAGCCAUGUAAAGCAGGCAUGGCAAGACACCACUCUCUGUUUCACGAUGGAGCUAACAGUCACAAUGAAGAUAGAUCAACCCGGGUACUGGAGGUGAAAGGGAUGAAGUGGAAAGAGUUGUCAGCAAGCCAGCUGGAAAUGCUGGAUGGAAUGGUAGCUGGAGAGGAUCGGUUUAGACAUCGGCACGAUUACCCCGACGCAGAGAGACUAAGCGCUGUUACGGCAAACGUACAGUGGAUUGAUUAAGGUGGAUGCGACGGGUCUGCCCGCGAAAUUCAAAUUUAAUUUGGUUUUGCACAAUUUAAAAACUAAUACGACAAAGUAGGCUUAUGGCACUUUAAUUGCGCCAAUGGCAGUUUCAUCCUCACAGGUUUACAUAAUAGUAGAUUGUGUCAUAAGGGAGCAAAAUAAUAUUUUUACGGCGAGGGCGCUUGUUUGAAUCCAGAGCGAAGUGAGGGAUUGUAGAGUACAAUCCCAAACGUAGCGAGGGAUUCAAAGUACGUCGCCCGAGCCAAAAAUUAUUUUGCGCCCGAGUGAUACACUCUACUUUUCUCACCCUCUAUGAGGAAAUAAAAGGCGCCUCAUAUGUUAUUGUAAUAUUAUUAU